GUCCACUCUGGUACGCUUCAGUCGCGUAGCUUUUCAGCAAUGGUUGGUGUUGCAGGGCGUAGCAAAGCUUGCACUACAUGCAAAAUUCGUCAUGUACGAUGCGAUGCACGUCACCCAACCUGUCAACGCUGUGAAGCCGGUGCAUUUACGUGCCUAGGCUAUGAACGACCGAUGGUAUUUAUCGACCAGACGAACCAGAUUAGAGAAAUGGUGACGAAGCUACAAAGUAACGUUAUAGGGCUGCAGUUAAGUAUCUCUCAAACAUCUGAGCUUGAUAGAGUGCGACUACCACCUUCGGCAUCAAUUUAUCACUUCCACUUCCAAUCCCAUGCUAUUGGCUGUGGUGACUCAUUUAGGCGUCAAGCAUCCAUGUAUGACGAAAUACGAGCAUUUAUGGACAGAGUUUUAAUGAGACAAGACACUAAGUUUUCUUGUGGAUUGCAACACGAAGAUCCUGUGGCCCUGGCAGUGGCUCCAAUGCUUGGCACAACUGUUGAAUCGGUUGCACUCUAUAUGUACGGAAAAUAUACUCAAAACAUAACUAAAGUCUACCAAGCCUUUAAGUUACAUGGACAAACCUUGGAUCAGUUGAGAGCUGUGAUCUCUCGCCAUUACCAAACAAAUCACCAAUCAAUAACAGCUAGCGCGCCGCUAUUGGUCAUUAUCAUGAAUAUGGUGCUAUAUGAGUUUAUGGCCCCUACAACCAAGAGCGCUUGGAAAGAUCAUGUACGUGGUCUGGAAGCACUGAUCAACAAGUAUGGUCCUGCUAUGUUCCAUCAGGAGCCUAUGAGACGAGCUUUUGAACAGGCAAGAAUGCAUAUUGUCGUUGCCCAUCUAGACGAUGUACAACGGACGAUUUUAGAACAACCACUUUGGCAAGAGGUUCCAUGGCGUGAUCAAGCGGAACCUAAAUCGAUUAUAAAUUACUAUAUCGAUAUUCUUUGUUGCAUUCCGGGUCUGCUGGAAAACAAAAAUCGACUUUUCAAAGGCUUGUCUGUCGAGCCAAAAACCCUCCGAUCUUCAAUAUCACGACAAACCUUGCGGCUUUAUGUAAAGCUACUUCAAGUGCGAUGGCUGUGGGAGGUAUCCAACCCUUCUUGUUGCCAUGAGAUACCAGCAGGUAGAAAAAGUCCAGCUGCGUCGUUACUUGUUGAGGAAUCAUUAGAGCAACCCUUAUUCGAGUCGCUUCUGGUCUUUAACUCAUUGCAGAGAGCUAUUGAGACUAAUCUUUAUAACUGCUGUAUGCUAUUUCUUUGCGACAUAGCAACUCAACUGGAGACUUUGGGUGACUUAAAACGGUUGCCAAUGUCUCAGAUUUUUGAUUCGUCAUGCAGCUUCUCAAACCUUCAUGGAUUUUUCGACGGUGAGACUGAAAGCGCAAAAACAACAGAGCUCUAUACUGGCGUCACGCAAUCGCCAUAUGCACAUAAGACUAACCCGGCAUUGGCAUUUCCAAAUGAAUUAUCAACAUGGAACCUAGCGGCAUAUGAGAUAUGUCGAAGCAUUGAAUUUAUGAUGCAGCCGAAUCAUGGACCUGCAGGAGCUUAUUUUGCUAUAUUCCCUCUUCGAGUUGCUCAAAUAUCUAUCGACGCAUGGUCGAAAGCUGAGUCUAGACCUAAACUCAGUACUUUUUUACGAGGGCAAUUUACAGGUACCAUUAAUGCUCCAGGACCAAUACCAAAUAAACCGGAACAGAAGUUGGAUGCUACUUCUUCCUCAGCCUUCCGCCGUGCUCAAGGUUCUAACGACGACAAUUGUAGAAAAGAUGAUAAUAUUAAUGAAAAGAAUCAUUGUAUUCUAGUGUUACAAUGGGCACGAUGUGUUAUGAGAUGUAUAGCAGACGAAUAUGGAUUCAGCGUGACUCGCAACUUCAACUGAUGAGAAGUGCGCGGAGGUUGAGAAUACGGCUUUUCUGAUCUAAUUCCGGCGAUGCACAAUUUAAUUUUUACAAUCACUAUUAGAUGCAAAGAUCACUUUAUGUAUCGUUUCGUUAUACCAUUGCGUCAGCAGGGCAAAAUAUUGGGUUAAUAAUCGCAGUUGUAGCAAUUAUUGUCAUGGAACUGGCAGCUUAUAAGGGAUUUCACCGUUACAAGGGACCAG